AUGGCUACCAACGGCGCAGCGGCGCAACCACCAGCACCGGGACAGUCGGGCAACAAACCAGUGCAGAUACGCGAAGUACAGACAUCGAACUCACGCGAGAAUCGUACGGCUGCCCAUUCGCACAUCAAGGGCCUGGGAUUGAGAUCAGAUGGCUACGCGGAUUCGAAUGCACAAGGAUUCGUUGGUCAGACGGCAGCACGAGAAGCAUGUGGUGUAGUGGUGGAUCUCAUCAGGGCAAAGAAGAUGGCUGGCAAGGCGGUCAUGCUUGCAGGUGGUCCAGGAACCGGCAAGACAGCUCUCGCUCUGGCUGUCAGUCAAGAGCUUGGAACCAAAGUGCCAUUCUGCCCCAUGACUGGAAGCGAGGUGUACAGCGCAGAAGUGAAGAAGACGGAAGCGUUGAUGGAGAACUUCCGAAGGGCGAUUGGGCUCCGAGUACAAGAGCGCAAGGAGGUGUACGAGGGCGAAGUUGCGGAGCUUACACCAGAAGAGAGUGAGAAUCCGCUCGGCGCAUACGGAAGGACCAUCUCCCAUCUCUUGAUCACAUUGCGAAGUUCGAAGGGUACCAAGAAGCUUCGAUUGGAUCCAAGCAUUUACGAGGCCAUUCAGAAAGAACGUGUCAGGUUGGGAGAUGUGAUUUACAUCGAGGCCAACACUGGCGCAGUCAAGAGAGUUGGCAGAUCGGAUGCAUUCUCGACCGAAUUUGAUCUUGAGGCCGAAGAGUACGUGCCGGUACCAAAGGGUGAUGUGCACAAGAAGAAGGACAUUGUUCAGGACGUGACGUUGCAUGACCUGGAUGUUGCCAACGCACGGCCGCAAGGUGGCCAGGACGUGAUGAGCAUGAUGGGCCAACUUAUGAAGCCCAAGAAGACUGAGAUCACGGAGAAGCUGCGAGGCGAGAUCAACAAGGUCGUCAAUAAGUACAUCGAUCAAGGCAUUGCUGAACUAGUACCGGGUGUACUUUUCAUCGACGAGGUCCACAUGCUUGACAUCGAAUGCUUCACGUACCUCAACAGGGCACUGGAGUCUAGCAUUUCCCCUAUCGUCAUCCUCGCCUCCAACAGAGGUCAGACCACAAUCCGUGGCACUGGCUCCACACUCUCGAACGACCCUGGACUUAUCUCGGCACAUGGCAUACCACCAGACCUUCUUGCCCGACUUCUCAUCAUCCCUACACACCCGUACACGGCAGACGAGAUUCGUACAAUCAUUCAGACCCGCGCAAAGCUUGAGUUCGCUACGCCCACUGCACCUCAACUAGCAGACAAUCCGCAAGCCCUCAAGGUCUCAGCUACGUUAAGCCCAGAGGCGCUCUCGGAAUUGACGAAGCGUGGCGAGACCGUAUCUCUGAGAUACGCUCUGCAGCUUUUGGCACCAGCAAGCAUUCUGGCACGCGCUCGUGGCAGCGAAGGCAACGUUAUCAGCGGUACCGACGUUCAAGAAGCCACAUCGCUAUUCUGGGAUGCUGGACGAAGCGCUGGUCAGCUGAGAGAGCGGGCAUCCGAAUUUAUUUCAUGA